AUGCCAGCGUUGAAACAUCUUGUAUGCAAUGUUCAGUGGGAGGAGACUGGUGCUCCUUUCCCUGAAUAUGGCACUCAAUAUGGCGAUGGCUUCGUCGAGACCUUCAUUGCCAUUCCAAAUCAUCCUCAGCCCUUCAGCAUCAGACUAAGUUCACGUCGAUUCAUCCAUGAAGGUCUAGCCAUGCUUGUCUACAUAGACGGGAAAUAUCAAUGCAACCGAAUUCGAGUCAACCUCAAAUCACCGCGUGGGGCUCUACCUGAAACCAGAUCCAAGAUCGAUUUCGUUGUUCGGCAGAAAGAAACACGUCUAGGAGAUGGAGCAUACAUGGCGAGAGAAUGGCGUUUUGACGACUACAACAUUGUACAACAACUUCCUCCAGGAGCAAGUGAGAGUCAUUUCGAGAGCCUUGGUACCAUUGAGGUCUUUGUCCUGCGGUGCAAUUCCAACAUUCCUGGCGAAUUCGACGCGUUGAGUGACUCUUCGAAAGAAGAUAGUGUCAUCAUGGAGCACUACGAGCGGCAAACAUCGGGCGUUCAGUCUACAAGGACUGUGGCUGAGCCAGAUUUUGAGGGGUUUCCUUUUGCUGGCUUAUUUGACGGUCCUUCAAAUCUCCCAUCCUCUUCUCGCUUCUUGCAAGUUGACGGCCCUGCUGAUGAUCAUGAUUAUUGGGAUUAUCGCUACAGAUAUGGUCCUGCACCGUAUCCGCCCCAAGAACGCCCGGCCUAUCAUUCACAUGAACAUGAACAUGAGCGCGUCCCCGAUGGCACAUUUUACUACCGACGACCUACACCACCUACGUCACCGUCGCCACCAAAUCGUGGACGUGAUCAACCUGACCAUCUACCUCCUCGACGUGAGCGAAGAGUCCACUUCGACUAUGGUACUGCCAGAGAGGGUCCCAUGUAUAAUGAUCGACACCAGUCCCAACGCACGCCCCGAUACCAUCACGACUACUACCCAGCACAGCACUACGUUGGACACCAUCCUGAAGGAGACUAUCCAUCUCGUCACUUGGACAUUCCCUAUCGUAAUAGAGAUGAUGGACCUAGAGACUAUCGAGACUAUCCUGAACCCCCGAUGGCUCGUGGCGCCCUCAGAGUACCAUUAGCUAGUGCUUCAAGAAUUCCAGGUCUCUCAGAACAUCGCGCAACACUACCAAAUCACACUCGGAUGGAUUCUGCUGCUGCUGCUGCUGCUGCUGCUGCUCCUGCGCCAAUGCCAUACACCGCAGUCCCACCGUUUGCAGGUCAACAUCAGCUUCCGAUGCAACCCUGGUUGGGUCAGCCUCAUCCUGUAUUCCCACCUUCGAUGCCUGGACCGACUCCGAUUUUUCCCUACCUGCUCCAUAACAACGUCCCAUGGUUUCAAGCCGCAAAUCAGUCCGGCCUUCAAAAUACUCACAGUGCUACAAACAAAGAUGCUGCUAAACAGGAUGCAUCUUCCACGGCCACAUCCGCCACCGCGAAAGCGGAGCCUUCAGCUCCUGCCUCCAAAGACUCCGACAAUAAUGCUACGAAUAACACCUCAGACAACUCGAAUACCCAGAACCAAGGUGGGAGUGACAAUAACACCAAUAAACCGGAGCAGAAUCAAUCAAACUCGGCCGACAAGGGAACCAGUAAUGAAAAUUACAGUCAGGAGUGGAAUGAGUGGCAGAAUGGCGGAAGCAACGAUAAUACCAACAACAAUACCAGUGAUAAUAACAACUGGGAAAAUCAGAACACCAAUGACGAAAGCCGGGACCAGAACAACAUUGAUGAAAGUUGGAAAGGAAACAACGACACCAGCGAUGACAACAAAAGUAACCUCGAUGAAAGCUGGAAGAAUAACAACGACACCGCCGAUGACAACAAAAGUAACAAGUCUAAUCGAGACUUGUCUCAAGAACAGAACACAUCUUCCAAUGCUCAGAACGUACAAGUGUCCACAAGCAACGCAUCUGGCAAGAUGGCAUGGUAUGGCCCACAUGGCCUUUACCAAGUAGCAAAAUUCUACAGAGACGCCAGUAUUCCAGCCAUUGCAGAAGAAGAGCCGCGAUAUGAUGUACCUCAAGCCGUCGCACAGGCCAUAGGUGUCACUAAGCAAGUCCAACCUGGCAGAGGCUACGUUUACAGCAAGAAGAGCGUGCAUCCCGCGGAGUAUCUGGACACUCUUCAGGAUCCAUAUGCGCGAUUCAUCUUCAAAUAUCGACACCGGGAGCAGAUCAAGACCGAAACUGGUAUUGACAUUAGUUCAGAUCCAACUCCCGAUGCAGACAGAAACUCUCUCGAGAGUAAGACCAAGGAUGAACUGAUUGAGCUAGUUCUUCGAGCAAAGGGUGCUUUGGGAGGAACCAUUCCAGAUCCGCCAAAACCGAAACCUGUAGCUCCUGUAGUGUCAGCGCCCUUGGAACACAUUCCGAUUGCUGCUCCUCAACAUCCAUUCCCGUCUUACUAUCUUCCAACAUUUCGACGCCCCUCUGGCACAGGUUCCGGCUCUGGUGUAGCACAGCCACCAGCUAAUACCGCUACUACUGCUACCGCUGCUGCCGCUGACGAUGGUUGGGGAAGCACCAACGCAAAUUCAAGUGUUGCUGAAGGAAAGCAGAAGAACAACAAGAACAAGAACAACAACUGGCAACAAGGUGGUGAAGCACAAGGCUGGAAUGAUCAGCAAGCGCCCAACACCAGUUCCUGGGACGGCCAAAAUGAAGAAGAGCCUUUGCAGAGAGAUCAACCAAACCAGACUCAGCCGACCGAGACGAACAAGCCAGCGUCGUCAGGCAUUAGCCCUCUAGCUCUCCCCGGACCUUCAUACCGUGCCAGUAUCCCUGUUGAAUCUCGAGUGUGGCAAGAUCAAGAUCAGGAUGCUCCUCCUCCGACCACUCCACGUACGUCCGCCUCGUCCGACAUGGUUCGGUCUGUACCUCUCACCGAUCCUUUUGGGCCCAGCGAGCCCCCUAGGCGGCUCACUGAGGAAGAAGAAUUUGAGAAGGGGGUUGGAGAGCCGCCUCCCGCCGGCUUCACCACCUGGUAUAGGUACUUUAUGCACCCGAACUCGCCCGACAUCCCAAGCGAGUACGUCAGGGAGGAGAUUGUCGAUGCCCCUGAUCGGCCCCCGGACCCUGUCCGCGCCCGCGCUCCCUCUCCCCCCCGGCUCGCACCCGGCGAACCGCACGACUUUUGGCGUUAG